CCCGGCGCGGACCCGCCGCCUCGCGGCCCCCGCGCUCAGCCUCCCCGGCGCCCCGACAAGUGGGGAUCCGCACGGAAAGUCGGCGGCGGAGCGGCGGACUGGGCAUGCUCAGAAGCCAGGGCUGGCUGGCUCUGGGCUCGAGUAGGAAGCGUCUGCACUCGGGAGGCGGCGGCGACUUUGGGGAAAGUUGACCGGAGCGGGGAGCGAGCCCCCGGGCGCGCGGCAGCGGCAGGAAGGCGGCCCGGCGGCCCGGCGGAGCAUGGGCACCCUGCGGGAUUUGCAGUACGCGCUCCAGGAGAAGAUCGAGGAGCUGAGGCAGCGGGAUGCGCUCAUCGACGAGCUGGAGCUGGAGUUGGACCAGAAGGACGAACUGAUCCAGAAGCUGCAGAACGAGCUGGACAAGUACCGCUCGGUGAUCCGGCCGGCCACCCAGCAGGCGCAGAAGCAGAGCGCCGGCACGCUGCAGGGCGAGCCGCGCACCAAGCGCCAGGCGAUCUCCGCCGAGCCCACCGCCUUCGACCUGCAGGACCUCAGCCACGUGACCCUGCCCUUCUACCCCAAGAGCCCACAGUCCAAGGAUCUCAUAAAGGAAGCUAUCCUUGACAAUGACUUUAUGAAGAACUUGGAGCUGUCGCAGAUCCAGGAGAUUGUGGAUUGUAUGUACCCAGUGGAAUAUGGCAAAGACAGCUGCAUCAUCAAAGAGGGAGACGUGGGGUCACUGGUGUAUGUCAUGGAAGAUGGUAAGGUGGAAGUCACCAAAGAAGGUGUGAAGCUGUGCACCAUGGGUCCAGGAAAGGUGUUCGGAGAGUUGGCAAUUCUUUACAACUGUACCCGGACAGCUACCGUCAAGACUCUUGUGAAUGUGAAACUCUGGGCCAUCGAUCGACAAUGUUUUCAAACAAUCAUGAUGAGGACAGGACUCAUCAAACACACCGAGUAUAUGGAAUUUUUAAAAAGUGUCCCAACGUUCCAGAGCCUUCCUGAAGAGAUCCUCAGUAAGCUUGCUGAUGUCCUCGAAGAGACCCACUAUGAGAAUGGGGAGUAUAUCAUCAGGCAAGGUGCCAGAGGGGACACGUUCUUUAUCAUCAGCAAAGGCACGGUAAAUGUCACUCGGGAAGACUCACCAAGUGAAGACCCGGUCUUCCUUAGAACUUUAGGGAAAGGAGACUGGUUUGGAGAGAAGGCCUUGCAAGGGGAGGAUGUGAGGACAGCCAACGUAAUCGCUGCAGAGGCUGUGACCUGCCUGGUCAUCGACAGAGACUCUUUCAAGCAUUUGAUUGGAGGACUGGAUGACGUGUCUAAUAAAGCCUAUGAGGACGCAGAAGCUAAAGCAAAAUACGAAGCCGAAGCCGCUUUCUUCGCCAACCUGAAGCUGUCUGACUUCAACAUCAUCGACACCCUUGGAGUCGGGGGCUUCGGACGAGUGGAGCUGGUCCAGCUGAAAAGCGAGGAGUCCAAGACGUUUGCCAUGAAGAUUCUCAAGAAACGCCACAUCGUGGACACCAGACAACAGGAGCACAUUCGUUCGGAGAAGCAGAUCAUGCAGGGGGCUCAUUCCGACUUCAUAGUGAGACUGUACAGGACAUUCAAGGACAGCAAAUAUUUGUAUAUGUUGAUGGAAGUGUGCCUAGGUGGAGAGCUCUGGACCAUUCUCAGGGAUAGAGGUUCGUUUGAAGAUUCUACGACCAGAUUCUACACCGCGUGUGUGGUGGAAGCCUUCGCCUAUCUGCAUUCCAAAGGAAUCAUUUACAGGGACCUCAAGCCAGAAAAUCUCAUCCUGGAUCACCGAGGCUACACCAAACUGGUUGAUUUUGGCUUUGCAAAGAAAAUAGGAUUUGGAAAGAAAACAUGGACUUUUUGUGGGACUCCAGAGUACGUGGCUCCAGAGAUCAUCCUGAACAAAGGCCAUGACAUUUCAGCCGACUACUGGUCACUGGGAAUCCUAAUGUAUGAACUUCUGACUGGCAGCCCGCCAUUCUCAGGCCCAGACCCUAUGAAAACCUAUAACAUCAUACUGAGGGGGAUUGACAUGAUAGAAUUUCCGAAGAAGAUUGUCAAAAAUGCUGCUAAUUUAAUUAAAAAACUAUGCAGGGAUAACCCAUCGGAAAGACUAGGGAAUUUGAAGAACGGCGUCAAAGACAUCCAAAAGCACAAAUGGUUUGAGGGCUUUAACUGGGAAGGCUUAAGAAAAGGCACCUUGACACCUCCUAUAAUACCAAGUGUUGCAUCACCCACAGACACAAGCAAUUUUGACAGUUUCCCUGAGGACAGUGAUGAACCACCACCUGAUGACAACUCGGGCUGGGACAUAGACUUCUAAUGUAUUUCUCUUACCUGCUUCUGCCUUGCUGAAGUCAGCUUUCUCUGAGACACGGCUGACAGCAAACCUGAGGGACAGAAUGAAGAUCAGUGCUCGGGGUCACCAUGAUGCCUUUGAUCGAUGCUGCUCCAGUAACUACAGUGGCAUGAGGACUUCUUGCUUAGACGACAGUAGUGCUCUUUACAUGUUUUCUGUUUGAUCCUAAAAAUAGCAGUUGACAUGGUGGUCCUGAAGCAAAGCCCUUCGCCAGUAAAGAGAGGUUUCCUGUCGUGGCAAUGGUCUUGCUUUGCUCGGACUGUAAUUUGAAAGACUGUAAGAAAUACUUCAACCUAGAAAAAGAGUCCGUACCUUGCUAGGAUGGCCAAGAUCAAAAAAUAAUGUGUGGGGUACGAUCGGUUGCCGUGGUACCAAAACGGGGCUCUUCCUUUCCUUCAAGGGAGGCCAUGGGAUCUAUUAGCGCAAGCCAGUGUCUAUACCAUACGGAAGAGGGCCACGCGUCUAUGGGUCACGGCGUUCAUGUCAAACCAGUGCUAGAAGUUUCCUGAUUUUGUUUCCCAACAGUGCUGAUGACGAGGCUGAAUGUUACCUUUCCUUUCUGACAGAUUUUAAAAAUCGAUACAAUCAAAGCACAACCGCUAUGAAGCCUCACGGCAGGUAUAUAUGCGUUUUCACGGAGGAUUGAAAAAAAAAAAAAAAAAACCUGCAUGACAUUUGUUUUUUUCUUUUUUUGAUAAAUUGGCAUGACAGGGGGGAAAAAAAAAAAAAGCAAUUCA